AUGGGCAGCUCGUCGUCAACGCCGACGCGCCAACCGCCUGGCGCGAUCCAACGCUCCAAGAGCAUCCAGGACAACUACAUGAACCUCAACGACCUCAAGCGAGACCUGCGCCGGAAGGGCCUCGAGAGCAGCAACCUCAUCCUUGGCAUCGACUGUACUCACCAAGUCGAACGAGUGGACGGGAAGCGCACGUUUGGCGGCCGUUGCCUCCACGACAUCCAGCUACCGGAGCGCAACCCGUACGAACAGGUCAUGGACAUUGUCAGCAAGACGCUUUGCGAAUACGACGACGACAACACGAUCCCGGUGUACGGCUUUGGCGACGAGUCGACGAGCGACUCUGCCGUCUUUUCGUUCAUGCCGCUGGGGCCACACGCGAUGCCAGGCUACCGCCUUGGUGACGUGCGUGCGAGGUACCGUGACGUCGUGCCGCACGUCUCGAUGGCCGGUCCGACGACCUUUGCGCCGAUGAUUUACCAAGCGCUGCGCAUCGUGCAGCAAAACAACAUGGCGUACCACAUCCUCGUGCUUAUUGCCGACGGUCAAGUGACGCGGUCGGUCGACGUUCCGAACGGCCAGUUCUCCAAGCACGAGCAAGACACGCUCAACGCGAUUAGCUACGCGUCCAACUUUCCGCUGAGCAUCGUGGUGGUCGGCGUCGGCGACGGGCCGUGGGACAUGAUGCACAUCUUUGACGACAACGUGCCGAGCCGCCGCUUUGACAACUUUCAGUUUGUUGAUUUCGAUGCGGUGACGCGCCCGGUUGCCGACCCGACGCGCCGCGAGACGCAGUUUGCGCUCCACGCCCUCAUGGAGAUUCCGGAGCAGUACCAGCUCGUGCGGAAGCUCAACUUGAUGUCGCCGGACGGUCUUCGACGCCAAGUGCCGCCCGUGCCCGUCUUGCCAGCGCCGUUCCUUCCAACGGUCAAUGCAAACGGUAUGGCGUACCCCGGUGCGCCCAUGAGCUACCCGGGCCCACCGGCGGGCUACCCCGGCCCUGCAAACGCCUGCGAAGUGUGUGCAUCGCCGCUCCGGGGCGCAGUGCCCACGCCGUCGCUAGCGGACGCGCGCCUUGUCGAGAGCAUGCGGGCGCUGCACGAAGCGUCGCUGUGCCCGAUUUGCGAAGACAAGAAGAAGGACAUGGUGUUUCAGUGCGGGCACGAGACGUGCGGGCAGUGCGCGAGUCAUCUCACGCUGUGCCCGAUCUGCCGCGUCACGAUCACGACCCGCAUUCACCGGUAUGGCUAG